AUGUGCAAGUCAAUUUCUGCACGAAAAAUCGACAAUGACAAGGACAGCAACAGCGACAACUUCAUGAACUGGGGUUCGCCUUGCGAUGAUGCCCAGGAUCCCGGCCCACCCCCAGAUGGAGGAUAUGGCUGGGUAUGUACCGCGGCCGCUGCGACCAUCAACAUGCACUCUUGGGGCUUCAACUCGGCUUAUGCAGUCUUUUUGGCUCAUUACCUAGCAAAUGAUACAUUUAUGGGAGCCACUUCGCUCCAAUAUGCUUUUGUUGGUGCCCUCAGUCUCACAUUUCUCUUUCUCGCCUCGCCUAUAGCAACAUAUUCCACACGGAAGUUGGGCAUUCGGCCAACUAUGAUAAUUGGUGUUAUAUUUGAAACAGCAAGCCUCGUUGCUGCUAGCUUUGCCACAAAGAUUUGGCAUCUUUUUCUCACACAAGGGCUUUUAUUCGGUAUCGGGCUUGGUCUUUUGUUCAUACCUACGGCUGCAGUCGUGCCCCAGUGGUUCACAGCGAAACGGUCCCUCGCGAGCGGUAUUUCAUUAGCUGGAGCCGGCCUUGGAGGAGGCGUAUACUCCCUUUCUGCAUCAGCUAUGAUACGGAGUCUUGGGAUUUUCUGGGCGUUUCGCAUCUUGGCUAUUAUUGCCUUCGUUGUGAAUAGUUCCUGUAUUAUCCUGAUCAAAGACCGGUACAGGAAUACCAAAGUAUCGCGGUCAACGAUAGAUAUCUCGCUCUUUAGGCGGCUCGACUAUUCGCUUCUCAUCGCUUUCAGCAGCUUCACUAUGCUUGGAUACUUCAUCCUUAUUUUCAGCUUGGCAAACUUUGCAAACAGUAUCGGGCUCGACUCAUCGCAAGCCGCAACAAUCAGCGCUGUCUUCAACUUCGCGCAGGCGGUUGGACGUCCUAUCAUUGGUUAUUUCAGCGACUCACUUGGUCGGAUCAACAUGGCGGGCUCAACAACAUUUUUGGCUGGUUUGAUAUCAUUGGCCAUCUGGAUACCUUCGAAGACAUACGGUGUGAGCCUUCUCUUUGCCGUCAGCUCAGGUCUCGUGGCAGGGAAUUUCUGGGCUACAAUAGGACCGCUUGUAGCCGAAGUGCUUGAUCUUGGAGAAGUUCCAUCAGGUCUGAGCUUACUCUGGUUGAGUCUGGCAAUCCCUUCAACUUUCAGCGAGCCGAUUGCGCUCAAGAUAGUUGAUGGUACCGGCAGUUAUCUGGGGACAGAAUUAUUUACAGGCAUGAUGUACAUUGCUGCAGCUGCUUGCCUGGGAGUCUUGCGGGGUCUGGUAAUACAGCAACGGGAAGCUGGGCCAGAUUCCUUGAUUGGUCCACAAGAAUAUUCCGUGAGUACUGGAGAUCAUGUCGUUGCUGUAACUACGCAGCCCAAGCCCCGUUCAUCAGCUAUGGCAUUUGUAAAAUGCUGCUUUAGUCCGGGCAGAUAUUAA